UCUUCAUUUUGCUCGCACUUUCACUUUCAUUUCGUCUUGUCAUUCAGUAUUUAUUGCUCUUUUACAUACACACACCCACACACCAGACACUCAACACACACUUACUCACACUUACACACCCACAUUUAUGGAGCUGCCAAAAGCCGGACGCACCAAACUGUUUUACACCUCGCUCAAAGCUUUGGAGCAUAUUACAACGCCGGAUGAAGACGCCGAAUUGGUCCACUCCUCCGGUCUGGAUUCAGCCGACAGUGAGGAUGAAGCAGAGUUUAUUGAAGGAACAGAUCCUUCCCAUGACGUCGUUGAUGAUGAGGAGGAGGAAGAAGACACAUCCUGCUCCCCUGAGGCACCCUGUGCUCUGGAGAGAGGAAGAGGAAGGAGUCAGCCUUCAACAAAUAGGAGCUGCAGCAGUCGUUCCACUGGCAAGCACUCAAGGUCAGAGACACUCCCCGGUGAUGUAGCUCGCUGGAGAUGUGAAACUGAUCCUGACAACUUGCCACAUCCCUCACCUCAUUUCCUGCCCAAAAGACAGCCUGGUCUGCAGCCACCUCUUGCACAGUAUGUGGACAUUCCAUCUCCAUCUGAGCUAUUCAAGAAGUACUUUUACCAGGACACAAUCAAAACACUGUGUGCAAACACUAAUAAAUAUGCAGCUAGAAAUAUUGCAGCAGGGAAAAAAUUAAAAUGGACUGAGGUCACAGAGGCUGAAAUGUAUCAGUACAUUGGGAUGACAGUGUACAUGGGGGUUCUGAAGCUGCCAAAGAUCCGGGAUUUUUGGCGUACAGAUUCUGUUUUCAGUGUGCCAUAUCCUGCAAAGGUCAUGUCCAGGGACCGGUUCCUCAGCAUUACUUGGAACAUACAUCUGAGUGACCCUGCGGAAGAUGCCCUCAAUGACAGCAGAAAAGGCACACAUGACUAUGACUGUCUGCACAGAAUACGCCCCCUGUAUGAAAGUUUAUGUGUAGCCUGCAAAGCUGUGUACCACCCCAGCAAAACAUCUCUAUGGAUGAGCGCAUGGUAGCCACCAAAGACAGAAUUGUUCUGAAGCAGUACAUAAAAAACAAGCCAACAAGGUGGGGGAUAAAACUUUUUGUGCUGUCAGACAACACAGGCUACACUGCUGAUUUCAAAAUAUAUUCAGGAAAGUCCACUCUGGUAACUGGGAAGUGGCUGUCAUUUGAUGCUGUGAUGUCACCCAUCAACAAAAACUACCUGGGAUCAGGAUAUCACAUUUAUUGUGAUAAUUACUACACCAGCCCAGUACUGUUCAACCAACUUCAUGACCUGGGGUUGGGAGCCUGUGGGACUUUUCGAGAUACAAGAGUCGGCGUCCCAAAAACAAAAACAAAUGCCCUAAACAAGAAAUCUCCCCGAGGGACCAUCAGGUGGAUCAGAGAGGGAGCACUCUUAUUUAUCAAGUGGAUGGACAUGAGGGAGGUGAGUGUCUGCUCCACUCUGCACACUGCCUUCUCAGGAGACUCUGUAAAAAGAGCAUCCAAGGUUGGUGGAAAGUAUAGACCAGUGGAGGUGCCAGUUCCGUCUGCUGUGAAGGACUACAACCGCUUCAUGAGGGGAGUUGACCUGUCUGACCAACUGAUUGGCUCCUAUUCCUCACGGAGAAAGAGCAGGAAGUGGUAUUUGACAGUGCUGCAUCACUUUGUUGACAUUGCUGUAAUAAACAACUAUUUGUUGCACGGUCCAUUGUGUGGGAGACUGGAGCAGUAGACCCAUGACACACCAGGGUUUCCAGGAGCAGCUGACAACUGAGCUGUGUGGAGCACCCUUACAACAAGUCCCGGAGGCCUAUCCCUGUUGCCAUUGCUGAGGAGGCAUCAGGCUCAAAGAAAGCAACACAGAGAUGCAGAAAGUGCAGGCUGUGUGGGAAGUGCACUCCUUUCAUGUGUGAGACAUGUAAAGUGCCUCUGUGUGUAAUCGUGGACAGGAACUGUCACAAGGCCUUUCACAGCUUCGCUGGCAAAAUUGAAGGCUAAUUUUUGACUCUGUGCCUGUGAAUACACUGUUGUAAAUAUCUUACCGUAAAUAGCUUUUUUACUGAGCUUUUACUGUGACUAACUCUAUGUGCUCUCUUUCAAACUCUAACCUUGAAAACUGGCUCAGAGUUUAUCUGUUCUUUCUUUCUAGGUGA